AUGAACAAGAUCAUCACAAAAAUCUUAGCUUCGAGACUAGCACUUUUGCCCCCUCUUGUCAUUGCGCCAAAUCAGAGUGGGUUCAUCAAGGGCCGCCUGCUGAGUGAUAAUGCCCUGCUGGCUCAGGAGCUGAUCCAUGACCUGGGGAAGGACCUUUCGAGCAAAGGGAGAUCGCCUAAUCUGGCUCUCAAGCUAGAUAUGGCGAAGGCAUAUGGCAGAGUGCAGUGGCCUUUCUUGUUGAAGGUCUUGGAGAAGAUGGGAUUCUCACCUGCCUGGGUGGGUAUGGUUAGUAGAUGCAUCUCGUCGUGUUGGUUCUCUGUCUUGGUGAACGGUGGUCCGGCAGGCUUCUUCCAGUCUUCCAGGGGGUUGAGGCAGGGGAUCUGUUAUCGCCUUCUCUCUUUGUGCUAG